CCUGCCUUGUGCUUUCCGGCCGUGGUGGAACUUGUUUCUGGGCUCUGUCUGGGGACGCCAUGGGGAAGGUAAACGUGGCCAAGCUGCGUUACAUGAGCCGAGAUGACUUCAGGGUUCUGACCGCGGUUGAAAUGGGCAUGAAGAACCAUGAGAUAGUUCCCUGCAGUUUGAUUGCAUCUAUAGCCAGCCUUAAACAUGGUGGCUGUAAUAAAGUUUUAAGAGAAUUAGUGAAACAUAAACUCAUAGCUUGGGAGCGUACCAAGACUGUCCAAGGCUAUCGGUUGACAAAUGCAGGAUAUGAUUACCUAGCUUUGAAAACACUUUCUUCUAGACAAGUAGUCGAGUCUGUUGGAAACCAGAUUGGUGUUGGCAAAGAAUCAGAUAUCUACAUUGUGGCAAAUGAAGAAGGACAGCAAUUUGCAUUAAAGCUUCACAGACUAGGAAGAACCUCCUUUCGAAAUCUGAAAAACAAGCGAGAUUACCAUAAACACAGACAUAACGUGUCCUGGCUUUAUUUAUCUCGUCUCUCUGCCAUGAAGGAAUUUGCCUAUAUGAAGGUAUUGUAUGAGAGGAAAUUUCCAGUUCCAAAGCCAAUUGAUUACAAUCGCCAUGCAGUGGUCAUGGAAAUCAUAAAUGGUUAUCCUCUAUGUCAGAUACAUCAUGUUGAAGAUCCUGCAUCAGUAUAUGAUGAAGCUAUGGAACUAAUUGUCAGACUUGCAAAUCAUGGGCUGAUUCAUGGAGAUUUCAAUGAAUUCAAUCUCAUUUUGGAUAAAGAUGAUCAUAUCACCAUGAUUGAUUUUCCACAAAUGGUUUCAACUUCUCAUCCCAAUGCUGAAUGGUAUUUCAACAGAGAUGUUAAGUGCAUUAGAGAUUUCUUCAUGAAACGUUUCGGCUAUGAAAGUGAGCUUUAUCCAACCUUUAGUGAUAUCAGGAGGGAGGACUCUCUUGAUGUGGAGGUUUCUGCCAGUGGCUACACAAAGGAAAUGCAGGCAGAUGAUGAACUGCUUCAUCCAAUGGGUCCAGAUGAGAAAAACAUUGAAACAGAGGAGGGAUCAGAAUUCUCAUUUUCUGAUAAGGAAGUGUCAGAAAAAGCAAAGGUUUGUAGGUCAGAAAGUAAAAGUGAAUGGGACUCUGUAGGUGAAUCAGGUGGCUGUUGUUGCAGAUCAUCUGAAGACCUGGAACAAAUAAAGGAAGACAGUUUGUCAGAGGAGAGUGCUGAUGCACACCAUUUUGAAAUGACUGAAUUCAAUCAAGCUUUAGGAGAAAUGAAAGGGCAAGUUGUUGAAAAAAAUUCUGUAACUGAAUUUUCUGAGGAGAAAAACAGAACCGAAAAUUACACAAGGCAAGAUGGUCAGACAGGUCAAGGAGAAACCCCUGCUGGCUCUGAAGAGUAUGAAGAUGAAUGCCCUCAUCUAAUUACCUUGUCAUCAUUAAAUAAAGAAUUCAGGCCUUUCAGAGAUGAAAAAAAUCCAGGCGAUGUUAAUCAAUAUAGAACAAGAACUCUGAGUAUUACUUCUACAGGCAGUGUUGUAAGCUGUUCAACAAUUCCUCCGGAACUGGUGAAACAGAAGGUGAAACGUCAGUUGACAAAACAGCAAAAAUCAGCUGUCAGACGUCGAUUACAGAAAGGAGAAGCAAAUAUAUUUACCAAGCAACGAAGGGAAAACAUGCAAAAUAUUAAAUCAAGUUUGGAAGCAGCCAGCUUUUGGGGAGAAUAACAUAUAUUUUUAAUAUUUUAUUUUUUUAAGUUACUAUAACCCCCUUUGAAGCCACUUGUAGCCUUUUGGAUUGAGGCCAAUAUAUAAAUAGAUAAAUAAAUCCUAUUUCAUCU